ACGCGCAAAUUCUUCCGGAACCCAAUUCUCCAUUUAAAUCCACCUCUGUGUUCGCUCUUUAUUCCCAUUUACCUUUUCCGUCUCUCUCUCCCUAUCUCUCUCUCUCUCUCCCUCUCUCCCCGCCCCGGUGUUGCAGCAAAUAUAGCGAGAAAAAAAGGGCCUCCAUUACGCUCUAGCCCCCAGCCCACCUAAUAAUCUCUCUCACGUACCAAAAUAAUCAGCUCAAUUAAUUUCAGAUCGCGCUUUUAAGCAUUCUCAGUUGUGUAUUUUUACACAGAUCCGUUAUAAAUUUUCUUUUAUUCGAAGCAGAUCUUGGUUACUUUGACUACAGAAGGUGAUAAUAAGCUGAAGAUAUGGCUCCGAGCACAAUUCGGAAGGCGAUCGGGGCGGUGAAGGACCAGACGAGCAUCGGGAUUGCCAAGGUGGCUAGCAACAUGGCGCCGGAGCUCGAAGUUGCCAUAGUCAAGGCCACGAGCCACGACGAUGAUCCUGCAUCUGAGAAAUACAUCAGGGAGAUUCUGCACUUGACAUCGUAUUCUCGUGGAUAUGUGAAUGUUUGUGUGUCUUUGAUAUCUAAAAGACUUGGAAAAACCCGGGAUUGGAUCGUUGCCCUUAAGUGUUUGAUGCUUGUUCAUCGUUUGCUUAAUGAUGGAGAUGCUAUUUUUCAGCAGGAGAUCAUGUAUGCCACAAGAAGGGGUGCUAGGUUGUUGAAUUUGUCGGAUUUCCGUGAUGAGGCUCAUUCAAAUUCUUGGGAUCACUCGGCUUUCGUGAGGACUUAUGCUUUGUACUUGGAUCAGAGGCUUGACUUGAUAGCAUUUGAGCGGAAACAGAGUGGAAAUGGCGGUGAAAUUGAGAAAUUCGGGUCUAGAGACGAAAGAUCUAAUUACAGAUCGCCUCCCGGCUCAAAUCGGGGCUAUGAUUAUGAUUAUAACGAGUUUCGGGAUGAGCCAGGGUAUGGGAUGAGGAGAUCAAGAUCAUCUGGGGACGUGAGGGAGUCGACAGAGGUGGGGAAAGAUGUGACUCCGUUGAGGGAAAUGAAGCCUGAAAGGAUUUUUGGAAAGAUGGGUCAUUUACAGAGGCUUUUGGAUCGGUUUUUGUCAUGUCGACCUACAGGAUUGGCCAAGAAUGAGAGAAUGAUUCUAGUGACUUUGUAUUCUAUUGUGAAGGAGAGUUUUAAGUUCUAUGCUGAUGUAUGUGAGGUUUUGGCUGUGCUCUUGGACAAGUUUUUUGAUAUGGAGUACCAGGAUUGUGUCAAGGCUUUUGAUGCCUAUGCUAGUGCUGCAAAACAGAUUGAUGAGUUAUCGGGUUUUUAUGGCUGGUGCAAGGAUAUAGGUGUGGCGAGGUCGUCAGAGUACCCAGAAGUGCAGAGAAUUACUAGUAAGUUGUUGGAGACUUUGGAAGAGUUUGUGAGGGAUAGGGCUAAGGCUACAAAGAGUCCGGAGAGGAUUGUGGAGAGCCAACCAGUGGCGGAGGAGGAGCCGGUACCAGAUAUGAAUGAGAUUAAGGCGUUGCCGCCUCCAGAGAAUUAUUCCCCACCACCACCACCUGAGCCGGAGCCUCCCAAGCCUGUGGUUCAGGAGACUAGAGAUUUGGUGGAUUUGAGGGAGGAGGGAACAACAGCAGAUGAUCAAGGAAAUAAGCUGGCUUUGGCAUUGUUUGCAGGGCCAGUGGCAAACAAUGGGACUGGCUCCUGGGAUGCAUUCCCAUCCAAUGGGGAGCCGGAGGUGGUUUCUGCUUGGCAGAAUCCAGCUGCUGACAGCGGUAAGGCUGAUUGGGAACUGGCCCUGGUGGAGACUGCGAGUCAUUUGUCUAAGCAGAAGGCAGCAAUGGGUGGUGGGCUCGAUCCUUUGUUGUUGAAUGGGAUGUAUGAUCAGGGAAUGGUUAGGCAACAUGUGAGCACUGCUCAAUUGAGUGGUGGCAGUGCCAGUAGUGUGGCAUUGCCGGGGCCAGGGAAGAGCACAACUCCUGUGUUGGCACUUCCUGCUCCAGAUGGUACAGUUCAGACUGUUGGACAAGAUCCAUUUGCUGCAUCGAUGACCAUUCCUCCUCCUUCAUAUGUGCAAAUGGCUGAUAUGGAAAAGAAGCAGCACUUACUAGUGCAGGAGCAGGUGGUAUGGCAACAGUAUGCCCAACAAGGCAUGCAUGGCCAAGCUACUUUGGCCAAGAUCAAUGCUGGUGGGUACUAUGCUCCUGGCGUACAACCCAUCAUGCCUUAUGGAAUGCCACCGGUAAAUGGAGUUGGACUACCCCCUGCCGGGUAUUACUCCGCUCCUCACUAAUAUUUAUUUAUGUAAAAUCUUUCCAUACGUUUAGUUCAUUCUUGUUAUAUUUUCCUGUUUUUCGACUGUAUUUUAUGUGAUCAUAUCUUACAAUUGGUGCAUGAGAAUGGAAUGGAAAGAGGGUGAGGGAAAGAGAAACUGAGCUGAAGAUAUUGGUUGUGUGGUGGAUUUUGAAGCCUGGUGCUCUGCGAUUCUCUUGUUAUGUCUCUUACUGUGUGUAAUAUCAUGUGAAACUUUUUUGACAUCUUUGUGAUAAUGCAAUGCUUGUUGUUUGUUAUUGACUCAGUUCAAUUCAAGGAACUCGUUACCUAA